AUGCGUCCAGUGGGACGACUCCACUUUCCCUUUUGCCCGGGAGCCGAGCACAACAGGUCGGCCGAGCUCCGACCCCCGCCGCCUCGAAAGCCCGGAGGCCCUGAAGGCCCAGGUCGUCAACGGCCAAAUCGGCCUGGUCCACUCACCUCCGGACUGAGCCGCUACCGCAUGUGCACAACGCACGUGCCGAUUGCUGUAUCCCCCGAAGUUGUGUAA